GCCAUAUUGGGCAACUAAAAAAGGGGGCUCGUCUUUUCGGGGUGUUUUUCUCCCCCUCCCUUCUCCCCACUUUCUCACGGCUCCGCGACUCCGACCGCGGCAAGGUUUGGAGAGCGGCUGGGUUCGCGGGACCGCGGGAUUGCACCAGCCUGGACUUGGACUGGCUUUGCCACCUCCUCCUUCCUCCUCCCCUCCCUUCCCCGCCCUCCCGCUCGCCCGUACACUUGAUCGGCGGAGACUUUAGGCUGUCUGUCCCGGGCGUCCCCGCACUCACUCCCCCAGACCUGCGCGCUCCUGAGGCUCGGGCUUGUUUCUCUUGGCUCUGAGGGCAGUCGCAGGGCUUAUUAGAGGAGUCCGGACUGCGUCGGGGUGUUUUGUUGUGUUCGGUUUUGCUUUUUGAGAGAGGGAGCUAGGCGGUCAAGACCCGACCGGGAGAAAAAUGUCAAACGUGCGAGUGUCUAACGGGAGCCCGAGCCUGGAGCGGAUGGACGCCCGACAGGCUGAGCACCCUAAGCCCUCCGCCUGCAGAAACCUCUUCGGUCCCGUGAAUCACGAAGAGUUAACCCGGGACUUGGAGAAGCACUGCAGAGAUAUGGAAGAGGCAAGCCAGCGCAAGUGGAAUUUCGAUUUUCAAAACCAUAAGCCCCUGGAGGGCAAAUACGAGUGGCAAGAGGUGGAGAAGGGCAGCUUGCCUGAGUUCUACUACAGACCCCCGCGGCCCCCCAAAGGCGCUUGCAAGGUGCCGGCGCAGGAGAGCCAGGAUGUCAGCGGGAACCGCCAGGCGGUGCCUUUAAUUGGGUCCCAGGCAAACUCAGAGGACACGCACUUGGUAGACCCAAAGACUGACCCGUCAGACAGCCAGACGGGGUUAGCGGAGCAGUGCGCAGGGAUGAGGAAGCGACCCGCAACAGAUGAUUCUUCUUCUCAAAACAAAAGAGCCAACAGAACAGAAGAAAAUGUUUCAGACGGUUCCCCAAGUGCUGGUUCUGUGGAGCAGACUCCCAAGAAGCCGGGCCUCCGAAGACGUCAAACGUAAACAGCUCCAGCUCGAAUUAAGAAUGUGUUUCCUUGUUUAUCAGAUACGUCAUUGCUUGAUGAAGCAAGGAAGAUAUACAAGAAAAAAAUUUAAAUACAUAUCGCUGACUCCAUGGAAAAGACAUCCUGUAUAAGCACUGAAAAGCAACAACACAAUAACACUAAAAUUUUAGGCACUCUUAAAUGACCUGCCUCUAAAAGCGUUGGAUGUAGCAUCGUGCAAUUAGGUUUUUCCUUAUUUGCUUCAUUGUACUACCUGUGUAUAUAGUUUUUACCUUUUAUGUAGCACAUAAACAUUGGGGAAGGGAGGGCAGGGUGGGGAUGAGGAAUUGGCCUGGGUGGGGGUGAAGAACUUGCUUCUGUUUAUAGCAAGGAGAAAAAUAUUUGACUUGCAUAACCGAAGCAAUUUUGGGGAAGGGCUUCAACUGUUUUUUUUUUAAAGAUGUAAUGUCCCUUUCAGUGACACUGAUAUUUCAUUUUUAAAAUCAAAAUUUGAAAACUGGCUACAAAUAAUUGCUAUUUAUUUUUACAUGAAGCUUAUUCUUAUUUGGGAGUUCUUAUGAUUCCGUUAUGUACUAGCAAAUGUCUUUAAAAACAAAAAAACAGCAACAACUGUUUUUCUCAGUGUCUCUAACCCUGUGCCCCCCCCCCCAGUUUCCCUUAAAAUUAGAAUAUACCAGAUAAUUAUUCAGCAGUUUGGUAAUCACUUCAAGUAAUUUUGAACAAAAAUCUGGGGCAUGUGAUGGAGAUUUCUGAAUGCCCAAAACUGACCAUCUACAUUUACCAAAUUUGUUGAGAAAAUGUCUUAGUUUUCUUUUCUCUUUGAGCUGUGUAGACACAGUAAAAACAAUUUGAAAUCCCGAGGUAUUUUUAAAGAUUGAUAAGUAGCUUCACAGAUACACACAAAAAAAAUGAAAUAAUUUUUAAUUUAAUCUUCUCUAAUUGUUAAUUUGCCCAAAGGAAAAUAGUAUUUUUAAAGGAAAGCGCAUGUAAAGAAAAGCACACUUGUGGAAUAAUGGAAAUGGAUACUACAUCUUUAAACAGUAUUUCUUCAUUGCCUGUGUAAGUGUAUGAAACAAAACCAUUUGAAGUGUACCUGUGUACAUAACUCUGUAAAGACACUGAAAAAUUAUACUAACUUAUUUAUGUUAAAAAGAGAUUUUUUUUUUUUUUAAUCUAGACAAUAUACAAGCCAAAGUGGCAUGUUUUGUGCAUUUGUAAAUGCUGUAUUGGGUAGACUAGGUUUUCCCCUUCUUUUGUUAAAUAAUAUGGCUAUGCUUAAAAGAUUGCAUACUGAGCCAAGUAUAAUUUUUUGUAAUGUGUGAAAAAGAUGCCAAUUAUUGUUACACAUCAAGCAAUCAAUAAAGAAAACUUCCAUAGCUAUUCAUUGA